UCCCGUCUUCGAAGCCCUUAUUUAUUCCCCUCGAAGGGGUUUAUACGCGACUCCACGGCUCGGCAGCGGCGGCGGCGGCGUUGUUCUCCCUUAUUCGAUCGAAAGAAUACCUAGACGUCUGCAGCGAUAUGGCGCCGAAGAAGGACAAGGCUCCGCCACCAUCUUCGAAGCCCGCGAAAUCCGGCGGUGGAAAGCAGAAGAAGAAGAAAUGGAGCAAGGGAAAGCAGAAGGAGAAGGUGAAUAAUGCCAUUCUCUUUGACCAGGCGAACUAUGAUAAGAUGCUCUCCGAGGUCCCCAAAUAUAAGCAGAUUACUCCCUCGGUGCUGUCCGAGAGAUUGAGGAUCAAUGGGUCACUUGCACGAAGAGCAAUCAAAGAUCUGAUGGCAAGGGGUGCCAUCAGGAUGGUGUCUGCACAUGCUAGCCAGCAGAUCUACACCAGAGCCACCAACACCUAGAUGGUUUUCAUUUAGACCAAACUCCCAAAUAUGAUUGAUUAGUUUCUUCUGCUUGGGCUGUUUAGUUUACCAUUGCUUUCAUUCUCAACUCAAAAAAAUCAAGUUAUUUUGUUAAAGCACAUCAAUCCUUUUCUUAAUUUUGGAUGUUGAGAUUUUGUGUCACAUUGAACUCUCUUAUGUCAUUAAAUUUGGAUGGUUAAGAUUUACUUU